AUGUCAAAAAAUGCUGCUUCAUCAGGGAAAACAGCGGACGGGGGCCUUCCAGGUGCAUACGGUGAGCAGGGCACUCAGGAGCUGACGGGAUUUGUGCAGAAUCUGCUCCAAAAUAUGCAGGAACGUUUUCAGGAGAUGUCAGACACCAUCAUCACCCGCAUUGACGAGAUGGGAACACGCAUUGACGACCUCGAAAGGUCUAUCUCGGAGCUGAUGCAGCAGGCGGGCAUGGAGGAGGGGGAAAUCAGCACCAGCAAGAGCCAACCAGCCCAGUCAAAGAAGAGGUAA